GGAGGCAGCAAACCUCUGUCCCUAUUGCAGCACUGCUGUCAGGGAAGGCGCAUAACCCAGUCUCCUUCUUACCUUUUCCAGCACAGACACACAGAGGAAGCAACAGAAAGGUGAGACCCCACAGAACCUGACCCCCACUCUUUCUCAGAGAAAGGAAAGGAACAGAAAAGGCAAGAGAGGAAAAGGGAGCAGCUGAGACCCAUCAACAGCAGCUGCGAAGGAUAAGCUCCAGCACUGAGCUCCCAGGUGGAGCUGAUGAGCACAAGGAACUUGCAGGCCUGUGUCUUUCCUAGCAUGCAAGGUUGACUGUGUGGAGUGACUCUGUAAUGUUGUCCAGGGUCCUGGUAGACACAAGGUAGGUUUGAAAAGGGCUCCCAAGCUGCCUGGUAGAGGCUCAUUCCAAGUAGCUGCAGAGCGAGGGAGAGCAGGACAGCUCUAUCCAUGCUACUGCACUAUGGAUCCAUGCUACAACCUCACAAGCCCUCCAGAACCCAUGGAUUUCCAUCUGCAGGUGCUGGUCGGGUCCUUCCUUGUCAUCCUCAUUGUGCUCGUUCUCUGCGGUAACAUCAUUGUCUGCCUGGCCGUCACCUUUGAUCGCCGGCUCCGCAGCCUGACGAACUGCAUCAUCGUCUCCUUGGCCGUCACCGAUCUGCUGCUGGGCCUCCUGGUGCUGCCGUUCUCCGCCAUCUAUGAGCUCGCCCAUGAGUGGCCCUUUGGCAGCACUCUGUGCAAUAUCUACAUGAGCCUGGAUGUCAUGCUGUGCACAGCUUCCAUCCUAAACCUCUUCAUGAUCAGCCUGGACCGCUACUUUGCAGUCACCACCCCGCUCCGCUACAGCCAGGUGGUCACUUCCUCCCGGGUGGCUGUGGGCUUAGUCAUUAUUUGGACAGUUUCGCUGAUGGUCUCCUUCCUACCAAUCCACCUGGGCUGGAACACCAACGGGACAGCGGUGCAAAACACAGCCUCCAACUGCAGCAAGGAGUGCAAGCUGGAGGUGAACCCAGUGUAUGGGCUUGUGGAUGCCUUGCUCACCUUCUACAUCCCUUUGGUCAUCAUGUGCAUCACCUACUACCGAAUAUUCAAGAUAGCAAGGGAGCAAGCCAAGAGGAUAAACCACACGUGGUGCUGCAGCAGCAACACCCCCAUGCCACCCAUCGUGAAAGAGCACAAAGCUACAGUGACUCUCGCGGUCGUUUUGGGAGCAUUCAUUGUGUGCUGGUUCCCCUAUUUCACGGUGUUCACUUACCGGGGGAUGUGGGGGGACAGCAGCGUGAAAGGUACACCCAUGUCCAUCGUCCUCUGGCUGGGCUAUACCAACUCAGCCCUGAACCCCAUCCUCUACGGCACUCUCAACAGGGAUUUCCAGGUGGCGUACCAGCACUUGCUGCACUGCUGGAAGACAGGGGACCCCAGGGGCUCCUGCCUGCCUCCCCUCCGCCAGGCCCAGCCCAGGGGCAGGGGUUGCCAGCAGGACCUGGGCAGGCAGGAGGGUAAGCCUCUGAAACUGGAGAUGAGGAACGGGAAAGGGAUCUUGCUGGCUGACGGAGCACUUGAGAGAUAAGGUGUCCUUUUGCUGCCAGCUCCCAGUGUGCCAGCGGAGACGCCGUGCUCAUGCUCUCCUGUGGCAUGUGCCCUUGCUUCCACACCUUGAAGCACAGUCUAAAGCCAUGGAAAGGAGAAAGCAGAGGGGUGGACUGGAGGGCAGAGCUGUCCAAAAAGCUCAGUCUGCACCAGGCUUAGCCUGGGCACUCAGGUGUGACUUUACCCCAAGGGAGAGGGCAGCAUAGAGGCAAAACUCCACGCCGAGAGACGCUUGCAGAGUGGGGUGGAUGCAAACAAAUAAAAGAUUGCAAAAUCCUGGGACUUCCUUUCCAGUUUCCAGAGAAAUAAUAAAGUGUGCAAAGGUACAACAUUUGGCAAACAUAGUUGCAGUUAUAUAAAAAUGCUUAGAGAGAGCAUGUGUCUGGUGUGACACCGAUACGUCUGCAAACGUAUGGAGACAGAGAAAGAGCUGUGCUAUUUCUUCGCGCUAAAGCGCAACUCCAGGACAAAGUGGCUGUUCGGGGAAAGCUUGAGCGCUGGGACUCUGCCCACAGCUGGGGAGAGCUGAGGACAGGCAACAGGCUCUCAGGGCUUCCCUAUAGCAACCAAAAGAGAGAAAAGAAGAACAUUAGCGCCUUUGGAAAGUGCUGCUUUAUCACGAAAUGAGAAUAAUGAGCAGGAAGAAAAGGGGAAGGA